AUGUCUUCCCCAGCCGUCUAUGUUUCGGAAAACGAUGAUGACAGUCAAGGAAUCCCUGUUCCCAGAGGGGAUGAAGUCUUCACCCAAAGGGGAGACAAAUUUGGUCCGCAUUUCAGGUCUCAGUCGACCUCUGCUUCCCUUGGCGCUCUUUGCCGCCUUUGUAACAUCCCCCAGGAAAUUGAAUUCUCUCUUCCUAGACCCAACGAGUCUCCGAAAGUGGUGCGAGAGGGUUACUGUUGUGCGUACAAAGUCUAUUUCAAAGGUUGUGGGAACCAGACGAUCCCCCGCCCAACCGUUGACUUCUUGUCCUUCUUUCGAAUCGUUUCCGAGGGCGAAACAAAUUGGAAUUCCUUCACCCUUCAACGCAUUCUUGAAGCGGGGCUCGCCAUUAAAGACGGUCAAACUCACCCCCUCGAUCCUCCUCCCGAGGAGAAAGUCGUCUCGAGCCUGAAUGCUCGAGAUAAAAGAAAGAUGCAGGCUGAAAUCAAGGCUCUUAAGGAUCAGCUAUCCAAAAUCGGGAGAAAGAAACGGAUAGCUGCAAUCUCCAGGUCAUAUCACAGGGUUGGUAACUUCCACAGGAAGACCCUCUUGGUUGAUGACGGUUCAUUAGAAGCAGCCCUGUCAGCCGUGGUGGAUACUCAUGGAGCCGAGAUCCUUAACGACCCUCCAGUUGCCACCGCAAUUUGCCCUUCCGAACCAGGGUGUGAGGGAGAAAUAACCUCCUCUCCUUGUACAAAGAGGAAGGCUCCAGAUUCCGAUAAUCUAUCAAACAAGAGACUUAAAACUGUGAGAUUAAGUUCACUGCCACGAGUCUCUAGCCCUCUAUGUUCUGUUUCUCCCUCUUCAGAACCUUUAAACUCCGAGCUCCCUCUUCCGGGAGACAGAGUAAUUUCAGAGGAAAUAGAUGAGCCGAGACCGGAGGUUCCCCUAUCUCAAGGACUGAGUGUUAGGACUCAAAAUCCUUUACCCGCUUCGAUUUCAGGCGGAGAAGAGAUUGGAGACAUCUUCCGAAAUUUCCAAACCAGGGAAAGGGCGUCCCUUCCUCCUUUUUCGGCGUUUAUGGAGACUAAUGGAAUGAUCUUCCAUUAUGAGAACCUUCUUCAUCAAGCGAAGAGAGAGACCGCAAAGGCAAAGAAGGAGGUUGAUGAACUUAGAUUAGCCAACCAAUCUGAGCGACUUGAGUGGGAAAAAGCACUCGAGUCAUCUUUUGAAAAUAUGAAGAAAACUCUAGCAGCUAACGAGCAACGCAUCAGAAUUGCGAAUGCUGAAAGAGAUUCUGCGAGGUCUAAUGCUCUUCGCUUGGAGGCUGAGCUAGAGGAGAAUACGGCUUUUUUCGAAGAAGCAAAUCAAGAGAUCGAGCUUUUAACUAGGAACAGGGCUCGCGAUAUCGCUGAAGCCGAACAUAAUGCUCGAGAAGAGAUGAGGGGAUUCGGUAGGAAACUUAUUCAAUCUGUUACGAAGUUCAUCAAGGACGAAGAGGUCUGGACUAAACUUCUAACAGAUCGAGCCGAACUGAAGAGCAAUCUAGACCUGAUUAAGGAACUAGAGGCUGGAAGAGUUUCGUUCGAGAACGAGAGGGGCGAAGUUGCUGCCGAACUCGCUAUGGUUGAGUCCGAGUUAUCCUCGGCUUCCCGUCCUACUCUCGAUCUGAAACAAUUUUCUUUGGUAUUUGGAGAUUCCCCAUCUCAAUUCGAGGUAGGUGAUGGUUCUCGGCUACAUGAGGGUUCUCCAGAGGUGUAG